CGUGCCUUGUCCCUCCCCUCCAGCUCCGAGUCCCACACCUCCUGCCUGAUCAGUGACUCCCCUCUCCCUUCUCCUGGAGCUUAGGUCUGGCCAUGUGGCCAGUGGCACCUGUGACCACUUGGUGGGCAGCUUUCUUGGCAGGUGUUAACUGAUCAGUUAGUGCCCAGACUGACCUGGCCCAGUGGGUGGCCCUCAGAGUGGAGCCUAGGGUGCCUGAGAAGGCCCGAGAGGGGCCGUCCCUGGUGGCACAGGUGUGGCUGGCCUGGCCGCCUCGUCACAGGGAAAUGGGUGGUGGCUUAGUGGGGCAGGGACGGACUGCUGGGGACAGCCCUGCCCACAUGCUGCUCCCAGCUGGACCGGAGAAGGCGGCAAGGCCGGACGGCCCAGUUUUGCUGCUGCACCAGCCAUGGGGUCCGAGGGCCAGGCUCCCCUGGGCCCCAAGUACGUGGGCCUCUGGGACUUUGAGGCUCGGACUGCUGAGGAGCUGAGCUUCCGGGCAGGGGACCUCUUCCAUGUGGCCAGAAAGGAGGAGGAGUGGUGGUGGGCCGUGCGCCUGGAUGGGGCGGGCCGGGCCCUGGCUGAGGGCUACGUGCCCCACAACUACCUGGCUGAGAAGGAGACUGUGGAGUCAGAGCCGUGGUUCUUUGGCCGAAUCUCUCGCUCGGAAGCUCUGCACCGACUGCAGGCCGUGGGCAACGAGCAGGGGUCCUUCCUGAUCCGCAUCAGUGAGAAGCCAGGCGCCGAUUAUGUCCUCUCGGUGCGGGACCAGCAGACCGUGCGCCACUACAAGAUCUGGUGGCGGGCCGGCUGGCUGCACCUCAACGAGGCUGUGUCCUUUCCUGGCCUGUCUGAGCUCGUGGACCACCACAAGGUCCAGAGCCUGUCCCACGGCCUGCGGCUGACCUCGCCCUGCCGGAAGCACGAGCCAGAGCCCCUGCCCCACUGUGACGAUUGGGAGAGGCCACGGGAGGAGUUCACGCUCUGCAGGAAGCUGGGCUCCGGCUACUUCGGGGAGGUCUUUGAAGGGCUCUGGAAGGACAAGGUCCGAGUGGCCAUCAAGGUGAUCGCCCGAGCCGACCUUCUGCACCAGCACACGUUCCAGUCAGAGAUCCAGGCCAUGAAGAAGUUGCGGCACAAGCACAUCCUGGCUCUGUACGCGGUGGCGUCCGUGGGGGAUCCAGUGUACAUCGUCACGGAGCUCAUGCCCAAGGGGAGUCUGCUGGAGCUGCUGCGGGACUCCGACGAGAAAGCCCUGCCCGUCUCGGAGCUGAUGGACAUUGCAGCACAGGUGGCCGAGGGCAUGUGCUACCUGGAAUCGCAGAACUACAUACACCGGGACCUGGCUGCCAGGAACAUCCUUGUCGGGGAAAACAACAUCUGCAAAGUUGGGGACUUCGGGCUGGCCAGGCUUAUCAAGGAGGACAUCUAUCUCUCCUAUGACCACAACGUCCCUUACAAGUGGACCGCCCCAGAAGCGCUCUCCCGAGGGCAUUACUCCAUCAAGUCUGACAUCUGGUCCUUCGGGGUUCUCCUCCAUGAGAUUUUCAGCAGGGGUCAGAUGCCCUAUCCAGGCAUGUCCAACCACGAGGCCUUCCUGAGGGUGGAGAGUGGCUACCGCAUGCCCUGCCCCCCAGAGUGCCCGCCCACCACACACAAGCUGAUGCUCUCCUGCUGGCACAAGGACCCUGAGCAGAGACCCUACUUCAAAGGGCUGUGGGAGAAGCUCUCCAGCUUAACGAGGUACGAGAACCCGCUCUGAGCU